AUGACAGCUUUAAAGCCAGGAACCAACAGCAACGUCAAGCAGGCGGAAGGACUAGAAAUUCAACUGCAAGACAUUGUCACAUGGAAGGACAGUGGAAUGCCCAGGGCCAACUAUGACGUUGCAGCUAAAGUCAGUACUGGUAGUGAUGAUGGAAUCAAUGGCGAUGGAAUCAUCAGUGAAGGACAAGAAGUGGAUGUGGAAUCCUUCUGGAUUGGUUAUCGCAGCAGUGCUAGUAGUUUGGAGGAGGAAGACAGCCACCAUCAUCUGGAAGCAGUGCUCUCUAGUGAAGGACAAGAAAUGGAUCUGGAUGACUUUGCAGACAACAACAACAACAACAACCAACAAAACAACAAGGAAAAGACUUCCUUCUACUUUUCUGGACUCAACCUUCUGACCAUGCUCUCUAGUGAGGGACAAGAAAUGGGUCUGGAAUCAUUCGCAAACAGCUUUGCCAAUAGAGAAAACCGUAACAAAGGAGGUGGAUGCCGUGGCACGGAUCCAAAAAGCAAGCCCACGUUUUUAGAACUUCCUCGUCGUCGCUCUGAGCGCAUGGUGGAGACUGUGCUCGCCAGUGAAGGCCAAGAAGUGGACCUGGAAUCAUUCAGCAGAAACAGUGGAGACAGCAACGAUUGGUCUGCCAAUCAUAACAACAACAACAACAAGAGGUUUGCUGUACUGGAACCGGUAGUCUCGAGUGAAGGCCAAGAAAUAGACUUUGAGGCGUUCAAGGACCAAACCAACAACGACAGUGUCUGCAACAACACUGACGCUACCACUUUGGUCAGCAGCAUUAGCUGUACUGGAAGUGACACAUUUGCUACCAGCACUGGUCAUAGCAUCACGGGCAGUGGCUUUGGGACAUUUACAUACACUAGUACCGCUGGAAGCAGUGGAAUCCUCCUCGACGAAACAACAGGUCACGAGGCAAGCAGCAGUGUGCCACUGUCGAUCACUUGGUCGGAAAGCAAGUCUCUCAAGAAGAGUUACCAUGCAGGCAAGACAGGCAGCAGCAACAGCAACAGCACCAAGAACAUUCGUAAUACCCACAGCACUGACAUUAUUGGAACCAAGCCAACGUUCCCAGAGGCGCUCUACUGCUCCGAAACCAAGAUUCUCAUGAAGCACCCCAUGGUAGGACCCGACGGAUACUCGAUCGACAAAUCAGUCAUCUGCUCAAGAGCAGCAAACAAGAACUGCCGGUACUAUCCAAACAGGGCUCUGCAAGACUACAUGGAACAAGAUUGCGUGGAACAAAAAUUUCGACGAAAAGGGUCCGGUGGUCUCGUCAUUAGUGAGAGGCAGCGCUCCAUUUCGAAAGCCUAUCGUUCCUUUCCCGACGUAUUCUAUUGCCCCAUCAGUUUGCAACUGAUUCGAUAUCCAAAGAUUGAUCCUGACGGGAUCACCUAUGAAGCCGACGCCAUUGAGCAAUGGGUCAAAGCCAACGGUGAUAGUCCAGUGACAGGAAGAGCAUUGACGUUGGAUGAGUUGUACGCAAACAAUGCACUCAAACAACUGAUGCUGGAAGAAAUCAUGCCAGAUGAUUGUUCCCAAGUGCACCCGUCCAUUCGACAGUGGAAACAGCAGCGACAACAACAACAACGACGCCAUCCAACGGUAACGUUUGACGUGGAGUCCACCAAGAAGCAUCAGGCAUCCACCAUUGACACCAACCAUAUUGACGGCAUUGCAGCGCGUCGCAGCGCUCGCCAUGCGGCACGAAAACGAAGAUCAUCAUCCAGUCGCCGACAAGCUGCCUGCACCAUCAGCACAAAGAUCGACUUGUCCUUUUGCAACGUUGCAACAAGAAUGGAACUCUGCGCCAAGCCAGAGGACGUUGCUCCUCCUCAAUUUGGUUCUCCAGAUGCCAGCAGCACCCGCCGUAAACCAAACCGUUCUUCUCGUUCUUUCUCCUCCUCCAUUUUCCCCAUCUUCCGACCCCUCCUAUCUCUUAUGUAG